CUGCAUUAGCAAUCCCAAGAAAAUGAUCCAACUUGAUAUAUUAAUGAUGGCAACUUACUUCACUCACUUCGCUGCCAGCAGCAAGCCACAGCUUUCGGUGCUGCAGUACCCCCCAGACGCCAGCGUGCUGCUCAACUCCACGGUGUGGAUGCUGUGCGUGUUCGAGUACCCCAGCCAGGAGGAGGAGGAGCCCGUCGUCUACUGGAGGAAAGGUCCGGAAUGCCACAAGCAGCCCAGCCUCCAGAUGAGCCCCAGCACAGGCAGGGCACAGGUGCAGAUCACAAAAAACACCCUCAGGGGAUUCUCCAUCUUACAACUGAGCAACGUUGACCAGAGUGCCAGUAGCUCCUAUUUCUGUAAUGUGAUGCUGACACAGAAAAUACAGGGCACGUGUGGAAACGGCACCAGACUGACUGUGCAUGAUUUGAAAUGCAGAGACUGUUCAACAUCAGAUAAGAUCUGGUGGGGUUGGUUCCUUCUUCUUGGAUAUACCAUCUUUGUCACCACAGUUAUCAUAGCUUUUGGUAUUCACCACUGCCAUACAAAGAGCAAGAAUAAACUGAGAAACACAGACAGCAGCGCUACCAUGCAAAGUGAAUGGAUUUAUGACCAGCCAUCAAGACCAGUUAAUAAUGGGUUUAGUCAAGAAUAUGAAGAUAUGUCAGUAAUAAGAGCUCUGUGUGACACUGGAAGGGAGAUGAUAUGAAGAAGCAAGUGCAUGCAGUUGUAACCAAGAUAUGAGCACAUGUGGUGCUACUUCUAUCAAGGUAGAAAAGAAACAUAUGUAAAAAUCUCUCCAUUAACAUGGAAUGCUUUUUGUUCAUGUAGUUAUUUCAAGUUAAACAACCUUAUAGUCCACACAGCUACAAAUUAAAUGAGCAUUAAUGUAUGUAACUAUUAUUAAAAUACUGUGAAAUAUAAAGGUAUUCAAACCUCUUUUCAAUACCAACAUCUCUGACCACAUAUAUUGGGUUUUUUCUACUUCAAACAAAAGCAUACAGUUACAAUUUUGUUUUUACUCAGGUUA